AUGGGAAAAGAAGAAAAUAUUGAAGGUUAUGUGUUAAAGGUGCAGAAACUCGUUCAUCUCAUGAAGGCUUGUGGUGAAACCCUAACCAAUAGGAUGAUAGUUAAUAAGCAUUGUUGGGACAGGAAAGACAAUGGAUCGACAAAAAGCAAGGAAGAAGGAGAAAACCUUGCACGUCAAGAUUCAAAUGAUUCUGAUGAUAUGGUGGUUAUGGAUGCAGUUGCAAAUGACCAUAUUGAAUCCAAGAUCUGGUUCCUCGACUCUGGCUUCUCGAAUCACAUGACUAGUAAAAAAAUAUGGUUAGUUGAUUUCGACGAGUCGAAGAAGAUAAAGGUCAAAUUUGCUGAUAAUAACUCGUUUCAAGUUGAAGGUAUUGAAAACAUAGUUAUUCAAAUGAGUAAUGGAGCGAAAGCCUUGCUCAAAUAUGUACUCCAUGUCCCUGGAAUAAAGUGCAAUCUGCUAGUGUUGGACAACUGGUCAAAAAGGGGUUCUUAG